AUGACAGGUGUCCUAAAAGUUAAAGUAAUCACACCGAUGCCUCGAGUCAACCUUCGAGAUGCUCGACUGAACAAAAUAAAACAGCGUACCGUCGCUGAUGUUCAACGCCACGUACACCGACGCCGUCCCGUGCGUCUAUGGUGUCUCUAUGCUGACACCAGAGUGGGAACCGCGGCUUCGGCCGCUGGUCCUGCCGCGGGACAACCAGUGGACUCACCUGGCGGGGCCGCGAGCCGCGAGUCUGCCCGCUACCACCGAUCGCGACACCAGAGCCAAGUGAAGAAUACUCCUUGGCCCCUCACUACCGUACUAGACACCUCCCGACACGACACCACACCAGGACCAAAUCAAGCGUCGCUCCUCAGUCCUCACAUCAACACGUCAACGACAUCGCUGCGCGCUGCGAGUCGGGCUCUCUGUCUCCUCGCGCGCUGCAGCCCUUAUCAAAGGCUAAAGCUAACAAAAUACCACCCGAAAGGGGAAUACGCCCCGAACUUGCCCAAACACUCGUAA